AUGGUGCCAGCCGUCAUCGAGACUCUUAAAAACCUAUAUGGUCGACCGGAACAACUUCUCCAGACACUAGUAGCAAAGGCAAAAAGAGCGGACCCCCCACGCAUCGACCGAUUGCAGACGUUCAUCAAGUUCGGCGUCGUUGUACAGCAACUUAGCGACCACCUAACUGCAGCCGGCCUCCGGGACCACCUGGUAAACCCCAUGCUGAUUCAUGAGCUUGUGGAUAAACUUCCAUCUAGCACUAAGCUUGAGUGGGUGCGCUACAAACGACAGCGAGCUAUAGUGACUUUGGCAACAUUUGCGGAUUUUUUGUCAGAGAUCGUAUCGGAGGCCAGUGAAGUGACGCUCUUCACCGAAAUGCAGCCGGAGCAAAACCGCCGGGAUGCCAAGGACAGACGCGAACAUACGCGCAGAGACAGACAACCGGAAGGGUUCCUGCACACACAUUUCGGCGAGGGGGAAGACUGGUGUCCGGCUGUCCAAAAGCAGUACGACAGAAAAUCAGAAGAGCUGGAGGAUAAGCGUAAACUCUGUCGAGUCUGCAAUCGGACAGAUCAUCGAAUUCGCUACUGCGAAGAUUUUCGUAAGCUCUCCUGGGACCAACGAAUGAGGGAGGUAAACAGGUGGAAAUUAUGCAACAUUUGCCUGAACGAACAUGGUCAGACGCGAUGUCGUUUCAAGAUUAAAUGUACCGUUGGGACCUGCCAAGAACGACAUCAUCCAUUGCUUCAUCCGCCGAACCAUCAGCGCUAUUUGACACCUGUGACAACAGAUUGCAACGCCCAUGAUUUGCAGUCAAAUCAACCAGUUCUAUUUCGAAUGGUUCCGGUCAGGCUGACCAACGGUAAGCGGUUCGUGGACGUGAUCGCCUUUCUCGAUGAGGGCGCAUCCUAUUCGCUUGUGGAAACGGAAGUGGCAGAACAUACUAAGCUAGAAGGGGAGUCACAGCCAAUUCUGGUGAAAUGGACUGCCGGAAUGACACGUAUGGAACGUGACUCAAAACGUGUUGAUCUGUCGAUCUCGGGGCGAAAUUCGAUGAAGCAAUUCGCUUUGAAAAAUGUUCACACAGUUGAUCAACUAAAACUACCAAAGCAAACGUUGGACUACACGCAUGUUGCAGCAAAAUAUAGUCACUUGAAAGGUUUGCCUGUGACCGAUUAUCGUAGUGGUACUACAAAAAUUUUGAUUGGUCUGAAACAUCUACAUGUUUACGCCCCUCUGGAAUCACGUAUUGGAAAUGCAGGUGAACCACUUGCAGUGCGUACUCAUCUUGGAUGGACAGUUUAUGGUCCACAGGAAGGUGGCGAGUCUUCGACAACAUUUUCCUGUCAUCAUGAUGUUCAGCGAGCGGCGGAUCUUGAACUCCAUGAACUACUUCGGAGCCACUACGUGCUGGAGGAAUCUGGAAUAUCAGUUACCAUGCUUCCGGAAUCAGUCGAUGAUCGCCGCGCUCGCAAAAUAUUAGAGGAAACUACCGUCUGGGUGGGAGACCGUUACGAAACCGGUCUUUUGUGGAAGAAAGACCACCCUGAAUUACCGGACAGCUACCCCAUGGCAGUGAAGCGAAUGCAAAAUCUGGAAAAGAAGCUGUCCAAAAAUCCUGAAUUGCAAAGGAACGUGUCCCAGCAAAUCAAUCAGUAUUUGGAAAAGGGAUACGCACACAAAUUAACGGUUCAGGAUACAGAGGACGCGGUACCAGGUAAAGUUUGGUACCUUCCAUUGAACGUGGUACUCAACUCGAAGAAACCAAACAAGGUUCGUCUGGUUUGGGAUGCGGCAGCAGCAGUCAAAGGAAUCUCGCUCAAUUCAGCAUUACUCAAGGGACCGGAUCUACUCACUAACCUGCCCGUCGUGCUGUAUCAUUUCCGUGAGCGGCCAAUCGCUUUUGGGGGCGACAUCACUGAAAUGUAUCACCAGAUUCAGAUCAGGCGGAGUGAUAAGCAGUUACAGCGGUUUCUUUUUCGAAACGACCCAUCCGGUCCCCCACAAACCUACGUAAUGGACGUGGCAACCUUUGGAUCAACGUCAUCUCCGUGCUCCGCGCAGUACAUAAAAAAUAAAAAUGCGCGAGAGUUUAUUGAGCAGUUUCCGGAUGCGGUAGAAGCGAUUAUUGGCAAGCACUACGUCGACGACUACUUAGACAGCACCGAUACUGUCGAGAGUGCGAUCAAACGGGCAGUCGAAGUAAGGAUGAUCCAUUCCAAGGCUGGAUUCCGCAUUCGUAGUUGGGUCUCUAACUCUGCUGCCUUUCUUGAAGAACUAGGCGAGCCUAGAACAGACAAACUGGUUCACUUCAGUUCCGACAAAACUACCACUACUGAGCGUGUUCUAGGGGUUUCAUGGGAUGCGUCGGAGGAUGUUUUCGUGUUCUCAACUAAACUACGAAGUGAUCUUGAACCGUUCAUUACGGGAAGCAAGCGGCCAACGAAGCGCCAAGUAUCCAGCUGCGUCAUGAGCUUCUUUGAUCCUCACGGUUUCCUAGCUCCCUUUACGAUUCACGGAAAGCUGAUCAUCCAAGACUUGUGGCGGAGCGGGUGCUCUUGGGAUGAGAAAAUUGACGACGAUUCUGCUGACAAGUGGAACCGAUGGACUGCGCCAAUGCUGGCAGUCGAUAAAUUAAGAAUACCCCGUUGCUAUUUCUCUUCAGCACUCCCACAGGACCGCGAAAACUUGCAGCUACACGUUUUUGUUGAUGCCUACGGUUGUGUCGCAUAUUUUCGAGCCGUGAUUGAUGGUAAGCCUAGGUGUGCACUAGUCGCAUCCAAAGCAAAAGUAGCGCCGUUGCAGCAUCUGUCUAGAUUGGAACUACUAGCGGCAGUUAUUGGUGCUAGGUUAUCCCAGUCAAUUAAGACAGGACACUCUUUUCCCAUCACUAGAACCUUCCUAUGGACCGACUCUCGGACGGUAUUGGCGUGGAUUCAAUCAGACCACCGGAAAUACAAACAGUUCGUGGCGUUCAGCAUAGGUGAAAUUCUCAGUCAGGUAGGCCCCGAUGAUUGGCGCUGGCUCCCAAGCAAAAUGAACAGCGCUGAUGUAUUAACGAAAUGGAAACCCGGUCAGCCUUUGGAUGCAAACGGUGAAUAUGUGAAAGGACACGAAUUUCUGCACCGUCCGAUGCAAUAUUGGCCUCCUGAAGAAACUGUGACACAAAAUCCAAAGGAAGAGCUUCGAGCCGUUCAUUUGUUUCACGAAAUAGUUUCCACUCAAACGCUUAUUGACUCCACCCGCUUUUCAUGUUGGAACGUUUUAAUUAGAACGGUUGCCUGUAUUUUUAGGUUCAUUUCGAACUGUCGCACGAAAAAAUUACACCAACGAAUUGCAGCGUUGCCUGCCUCACCGAGGCUCUUGAAGGUUAUAAACAAGCCAUUGACAGCAGUAGUGACCCCACUUACCAGAGAGGAAUAUCGAAGUGCUGAAAAUUACCUAUGGAGAAUGGUUCAACAAGAGACCUUUGGCGACGAAGUAAAGAUCUUGUUCAAGAAUCGCGGUUUGCCUCCCGAGCGAUGGUACGCUUUAGAACGUUGCAGUCCUCUAUUCAAACUAUCACCGAUGUUGGAUGAGCAUAAUGUUAUCCGGUUGGAGAGUCGAUCUGCACAUGCUGAAUUUAUUUCGUUCGAGCUGAGAUUUCCGAUUGUGCUCCCUAAAGACCAUGACGUCACUAAGAAGCUUUUACUUUUCUACCACAAGAAAUUUGGUCACGCUAAUCGUGAGACGGUAGUGAACGAGAUUCGACAGCGCUUUUAUAUCCCGAAAUUGCGCGCAGCAGUACUACAGGUAUCGAAGAAAUGCAUCUGGUGUCGAGUCCACAAAUGUUCUCCAACAUUUCCCAGAAUGGCACCUUUGCCCGAUCAGAGGCUCACGUCGAGAAUGCGACCAUUUAGUUUCGUGGGCAUCGACUAUUUUGGGCCACUCAACGUUACUGUCGGACGGCGGAACGAAAAGCGAUGGGUGGCAUUGAUGACGUGCUUGACCACUAGAGCCAUACACAUGGAGGUUGCUCACGGUCUCACCAGCCAGGCGUGCAUCAUGGCCAUACGUAGAUUUAUGUGUCGCAGAGGAGUCCCCCUUGAAUUCUUUUCGGAUAAUGGGACAAAUUUUCAAGCUGUAAGUAAAGAGUUUGGAAGGCUAGGAAGACAAAUUGACAUCGAUUGCGCGGAAGCUUUCACGGAUGCUCGAACGCAGUGGCACUUCAACCCACCUUCGGCCCCUCACAUGGGUGGUAGCUGGGAAAGGCUGGUGAGGUCUGCAAAGGAGGCAAUGAAGGCAUUCGAUGAUGGAAGAAAACUAACCGACGAAGUGUUGUUGACUGUUUUGGCAGAAUCGGAAGAAAUGAUCAACUCUCGGCCGUUGACGUACAUGCCUCAGGAGUCAGCGGAGGAAGAGGCCUUGACACCUAAUCAUUUCCUUCGUGGACUGCCAUCCGAUGAACGCAAGUUGGAACCUGUAGCCGUCAACCCGGCUGAAGCUCUUAGGGACCAGUACAAGAGAUCACAACAACUGGCAGAUGUGCUGUGGCAGCGAUGGGUGAAAGAAUAUAUUCCUACCAUCAACCGUCGGACUAAGUGGUAUGAAGAUUCCGAGCCGAUUGCUGUAGGUGAUUUAGUGUAUAUAACGGAUGGAAGCAGCCGCAGAUGCUGGACUCGUGGUGUUGUGGAACAGUUGAUUCGAGGUCGCGACGGGAGAGUACGCCAGGCGAUGGUCAGAACGAACAGAAGGAUACUGCGUCGCGCGGUGACAAAGCUAGCGGUACUAGAGCUAGGUGGUAAAUCUGGCCAAGGAACCGAGCUUGGACCAGAGUUACGGGAGGGGGGAUUAUUGGCACCACUGCACUGA